ACAGCGCUGUCCAUCAUAUCGUUCAUACUGCUGUGCGUGCUCGCGCUCGCGCUGCUGCCAGCCGCCGCUGAGUGGGAGGCGUUCGCGCUGACCGGCUCAGUGCUGGUGACGGUCAGCCUCGGCGCUGGCACGCUGAUGGUCACUCACCAUGCGCCGCUGCCUCUGUUCGCGCUGAUACUCAUGGUACACACAAUGAUGCCGAUCGCGCGGUCAAUAGCGCUUGUAAUGGCGACUGCCCUCACCCUUGCUUAUAUGGGUCUUGCUAUCGGACUUGGACCGCAAGGGCAGGAAGCCCAGUUUUAUCAGCAGUUAAUAUGCGAACUCGCGCUGCUAAUGUCAGCAAGCGGAAUCGGGCUGUACUACCGAGCGCUGACAGAAAGGGCCCAUCGGAACACCUUCGCCGGCACGCGCACCUGCCUUGAGCAAAGGGUCAAGUUGGAGUGUGAAAGGGAACAGCAGGAGUCGCUUUUACUGUCUGUGAUUCCGGCUUAUAUUGCAGCUGAGGUGAAACGGUCCAUUAUGCUGAAGAUGGCGGACGCCUGCGCUGACAGCUCGAAGCAGACACGCUUCCAUGAAAUGCACGUCCAACGUCACAAUAACGUCAGCAUAUUGUAUGCUGAUAUCGUCAACUUUACCCCAUUGUCUGAGCGUCUAAGCGCCUCGGACCUUGUGAAGACUUUGAAUGAACUGUUUGGCAGAUUCGAUCAAAUCGCUCAGGAAAACCAGUGCAUGCGGAUUAAGAUUCUAGGCGACUGCUACUACUGCGUGUCAGGUCUCCCCGUGUCCAGACCGAACCACGCAUAUAACUGUGUCAAUAUGGGCCUGCAAAUGAUUGACGCCAUACGGUUUGUAAGAGAAGCGACUGGAUUCAACGUGGACAUGCGCAUAGGCAUUCACACUGGCAACGUGCUGUGUGGGGUACUCGGCUUGCGCAAGUGGCAGUUUGACGUGUGGAGCGAUGACGUCACGCUGGCCAAUCACAUGGAGUCUGGCGGGAUCGCGGGUCGGGUUCAUAUAACAAAGGCGACCAUGUUACAACUUGGAGGUAAAUUCGAAGUGGAACCUGGAGAUGGGGCAUCCAGAGAGGGCUACCUCGCUGACCAUAAGAUUGAAACGUAUCUGAUCGUACCUCCUAAAAAACCGUCAGAAAACGGCCGUUUAUCGGUAUGUACUAUCGAUCGUAAGGCAAGCAUCGUAUCGUCGAUAUAUCAAGAUGUGUCGCCGACGAAACCGCGGGACAGUAUUAGUCCAGCGCCUUCACAGCAUAGCUUCAUCGAGCAAGAGCCUCCUAAGGUCACGAGGGCUGAAUCGAUGAGGAACCCAGAUUUAAACAGGCGAGCUUCAGUAAAGGUUGUGGCUUUCGAAAACAACAACGCAACAAGCGAUACUAUCGGUAAUGGUGCCGUUGUUACCAAACCAAAGAGUCGCAGCGGUUCUAUCAUUGGUGCAAUUAGUCCAAUUAUGGGUACAGCCACACCAGGAGUGCCCAGUAGAUCUCGGCCAUCCAGCAAAAUGACGAAAUAUGUAGAAUGUUGGGGAGCUGAUAAACCAUUUGCAAAUAUUACUGAUUCUACUUUGGCCAAAAAUAUUGGGAUAUCGAGUCUAGCCAUGAUUGAACAAAAUUUACUUCCACAAAGAACAUGUUGUGAUUGCAGCAAUAACUCUGAGGGCAUGAGUCGUAUCACACUCUGGUUCAAGAACAGACAACAAGAGAGUCAGUACCGCGGUCAGCCAGACUCGCAGUUUAAGUACUAUGUGGCCUGCGCGUGCGCACUGUUCCUGCUUUUAGCUUUUAUCCAGCUAUUGACGUUACCGAAGGGAGUAGUGCUGUACGCGUCGUUCGGGCCGACUCUCAUAACAUUGGUAGUGUUUUGUUAUCUGUCAUGGUACGAUGGAAACUUUCCUCCCAGAGGCAUGCAUCUAUUAUCUGAUGUGAAUGACUUAUAUGCUGAUAAUUGCGCUAAGCCGGGACAGGUAGUGGCCAGUAAUUGCUACAUAAGGCUGACUAUGUUCAUCGUAUCAGCACUUCUCAUCGGAGCCUGUGCCGUUAUCAAUUUGUUCGAAACGUAUCUAAUACACGAGUUUCCAAGCGAAGUCUGGGCGAAGAAUUAUACCAACGCAACGAAUGCUACGCCUAUAACAAUUAACAUUGAUGUCGAAUCAGCGCCUAGUUAUCUUUAUAGCUCGGUGCUAACUCUGGCUUCGAUAUCAGUGUUUCUACGCAUCGGUUUUGUCCUGAAAUUGGUCUUCAUGCUAUUGACACUGAUCACUCACAUAGCGCUGUUUGCAUCAGCCGAAUUGUUUAGCCAAUACCAGUACAAGGAUUUUGAUACUGAGUUUUCUAUGCUACCGUAUUCAGCAAAAGCUGGUCUAGUUCUCGUUUUUCUGGCGGCGUUACUCCACAUCCUGGACAGACAGAUUGAGUUCACAUCUCGUACUGACUUUCUAUGGAAAGACAAGUUGAAAUUUGAGCAAGAGGAAGUGGAAACUAUGAGGGGUAUCAAUAAGAUACUUUUAGAAAAUAUUCUACCGGCACACGUCGCUCAACAUUUCUUAACCUCAGUUGCUUCAAAGGACGACUUGUACCACGAAAGAUAUUCAAGUAUUGCCGUUAUGUUCGCUUCUAUUCCUAACUACAAGGAAUUUUACGAUGAGACAGAUGUCAAUAAACAGGGCCUCGAGUGCUUGAGGCUGCUCAAUGAGAUUAUAUGUGAUUUUGAUAAGUUAUUGCUCAAGCCGAAAUUUAGCUGCAUAGAGAAAAUAAAAACGAUAGGAAGCACCUAUAUGAUUGCAUCGGGGCUCAGACCGGGGAAGGAAGAACCUAUUGAUGCAAACAGAAAAGAGGAGCAUACAGUGGCUAUUCUAGUGGAAUUUGCUAUCGCCCUCAUGACGAUACUUGAACAAAUUAACAGGGAGUCAUUCCAGAGAUUCAAGUUAAGAAUCGGUCUAAAUCAUGGCCCCGUCAUAGCUGGAGUGGUUGGAGCUCAGAAGCCCCAGUAUGACAUUUGGGGCAACACAGUGAAUGUAGCGUCCAGGAUGGACUCUACGGGGGUAAUGGGCAGGAUUCAGGUCACUGAGGAUACAGCUAAGGUUUUAAUGAACGCAGGCUACACCUGCGAGUGUCGUGGACCAACAUACGUGAAGGGAAAAGGGACGCUCGUCACAUAUUUUGUAAAAACCCCAAAUGUAGGCGGAGGACUUUAAAAUAAUUAUAGUAAAAUAUCUCUUAACAACUUGCCAAUGUGAUUAUAAAUACUCGUAUUGAUUUAAGUUACGUUCUAUGUAAGUUAAGUAGUUCAAGUAGCACAAGGAUAUCGUAGGAAAUUGACAUUAAAAAUGUUAAUGAUAAACUUAUUAUAUUUUUAAGUAGAGCUUUUUUUAACAACUAUUUUUAAAUUAAUAUAGUAGAGGGAUAUUCGUGAACUAAAUGAAAUUAUCAAAUUCUAUACUAUGUACCAUAUAAAAUGAAUAAUAUCAUGAGUAAUCAAAUGAUGUUUCGUCAUUUAAAAUAAUGAAUAGCUACAUUUUUAUAUUUGUACUUUGGACCCGUUAUG